ACAUUUACAAUUCGAAGUGAGCUGAGUCGAGAAGAAGAAAAAAGAAAUUCAGAGAAAAUGAACUGAGAGAGUGAGAGGGAUGAAGAAAACCCCACCGAAUGAAUAGUCCACCAUCUCUACCGAAAGUGACCUUCCCUUUAAUUGUCAACAGAAUAGUAAAUCAAAAGUAACAAUUAACUUUCUUCUCUCACAAUUAACCUGUUUUCUAUUUUUCUCCAUCAACACCAGUUAACCAAUUUUUCUCUCUGUUUACUAUCGUUUAUUUUUCUUCGCCUUCUCAACUGUUUAUUACUUUAUUAAUUCACAAUUUCCAAACUGUUUACAAUUAACAGUCUCUACAAUUAAUUCCAUAGAGUUAAUAGUCUAAAUUGUUCAUUUUCUUCAUUACUCUCAUGUAAAUGUUAACAUCAUCAUCUUAAUGUGAUAUUCAGUUGACUCCCAAUUCGAUGUCACCCUGAUUUUUUCAUCUUCAUUUUCUCCAUCAUCAUCAACUGAUUCUUUCUUCCCUUUAUCAUCAUCUUAUCGUCCAUCAUCAUAAUCAUAUCAUCGUCAUCAUCUUAAGCCGGUUAAACAUAGACAAAGAAUCUAGUGUUUCCUAAAUCAUCAUCAUUUUUUUUUUCUUCUUCUCUAUCAUUUGAUGUUGUGUUUAUGGUCAUUGUUUUAUUGAAGUGCAAUACAUUGAUUGCGAGUUAAUUGUUUCCUGUGUAAUGUCUCAAAUCUCACCCAACAAUUAGUAAAUCACCAUAAAGUUACAAUCUUGCUGAAAAUCACUAACCAAGAAAAAGUAACUACACCAACAAUUUAGGUGACCUGGUAAUAUAUUUGAGAGUAAAGGUGGAAGACGUUUGACCAGAAAACUGCCUUGAAAAGCUUAACGAAUCUGAGUUCAGAAUCUAAUCAUACCUUCAGUUAUCAUCAUCACCAUCAUCAUCUAAUUAUCAGAAACUUCCAGUCGAUAUACAUCAUCAUCAUCAUCAUCUAUCGUCAUCCAUCGUCUUCGUCAUUAUUUCUUCAUCACUCCCUCUCUCACUCUCUAACUUACUCACUUUUCUUUCUCUUUCUCUUCCUGUUACUUUAUCAUCAUCAUCCCUUCAUUGAGAGUUAAUUUUUUCAACAGUAACGUACUGACAAUCAACGUAUCCAUCCAGUGUUGUUAAUUUAUUAUAAGUUGGUGUCAAUUUGGACACAACAACAGUUCAGGUUCCAAAGAAAGUGAAAGUUUUGUUUUUCUCUUGUGUAAUAUACUAAUUGUAACUUUACACAAUCAACAAACAAUAUACACAAUUAGUGUGUCGAUCAAUUUUUCUUGAUUAUCUUUAAUUGCUAAUAACUAAUUACAAACGGACCAGUUAAUUACAAUGUUACCUCGUAAUGAGUCUCAGAUUAGUAAUUUUUUUAAUGAUCGAUGUGUUUUUAUCACCGGAGCAACAGGAUUUAUGGGAAAAGUUCUGGUUGAAAAGCUACUUCGAACCUGCUCUGGGAUAAAAAACAUUUACGUCCUACUACGAAAUAAGAAGGGACUGAAUGCUCACCAACGAUUGGAUGAACUUUUGGAUGCAAAGAUAUUUGAUCGGCUAAAAGAUGAGAAUCCAAAAGCAUUGAACAAAUUGAUUGGUGUUUCCGGUGAUAUUUCACUUAAUGGAUUAGGAUUAUCGGAUAACGAUUUGAAUACAUUGAUUAAGGAGAUUUCAGUUGUUUUCCAUUCAGCAGCAACAGUUAAAUUUGAUGAACCAUUAAGAGCUUCCAUUGAGUUUAAUGUUCUUGGAACCAGAAGAGUAAUUCAGUUCUGUCAUAAACUGAAUAAAUUAAUGGCCUUGGUUCAUGUAUCAACCGCUUAUGCUAAUUGUAAUCGCGAUGAAGUUGAUGAAGUUUUAUACGAAUCACCGGCAAAACCUCAACAGGUAAUCGAUGCAAUGGAAUGGAUGUCAGAGGAAGUAAUUAACGAGAUUACACCUAAAUUAGUUGGCGAUCGUCCAAACACUUACACAUAUACCAAAGCAUUAGCUGAGACUUUAUUAACAGAAGAGUGUGGCAAUUUACCUGUGGCCAUUGUCCGACCCUCUAUAGUGACCGCUGCCUGGAGGGAACCAUGUGCAGGUUGGGUUGACAAUAUAAAUGGUCCAACCGGCCUGGUUUUGGCCUCUUCCAAGGGAAUCUUGAGAACCAUGUUAUUUAAUUCACAGGCAACUGCUGAUCUGAUACCUGUUGACACGGUGAUUAACCUGAUGAUCACCGUUGCUUGGUACACGGCCACCCGUCCACAGAAUAAUAUAAUUAUUUAUAAUUGUACAUCGGGAAUGCUCAAUCCAAUCACCUGGGGUGAUAUUGAACGGAUCGCUUUUCCCAUUCUAUUAAAAUAUCCGUCGGUUGAAAUGUUCCGUUAUCCUGGUGGAUGUUUCAAAAAUAAUCGACUUGCCAACGAAAUUUCCGUCUUCUUCGAACAUCAUGUACCUUCCUAUUUGGCCGAUUUUUUCGCCCUCCUUACAGGUCGUCAAAGAGGUAAAAUGGUUAAAAUUUACUCGAAACUUCAUAGAGCCAGUGGAGCAUUAGAAUUUUUCACAACACGCCAGUGGCGAUUUAAGGUGGACAAUGUCCUAAUGCUCUGUGAUCAACUCCAAGGAGUAGACAAGCAAUUAUUUCACUUCGAUGUUCGUGACCUUCACUGGCCGACCUAUUGGGAAGAUUAUAUUCUGGGUAUUCGAAAGUACGUCCUAAAAGAGGAGAACAGUACACUUCCAUUCGCACGGCGAAAUUUACAACGAUUGUACUAUCUGAAUAGGUUACUUGACCUUUUUUUGAUGCUCGGAAUUUGGAAUAUAUUCUUACGGCGAACUCGAACCGCUCGAAUUAUUUGGUUACUUUUUACCAACUUAUCGAAAUCAAUUUUGUUCAAAGUUGUUGGGAACAACAAGAAGCUUAUAACUCAAUCUGAUUGACCAUUGGCUGGACCUUUAACCUGAUAGAUAUUUAAAAGUCUUACACACUCAUAUACACAAAAUAUAAACAAAAAAUGAUGAUUGUGUGUGUUUCCUGUUCCGGUUUCCUCAUCAAUUCAAUAUACUUUUUAAGAUAAUGUUUUGUUUUUGUUUUACUGUUUUUCUGACCAAUUUGAUUAGGAAAUUACAAUGAGAUGAAACAAAUUAAACUCCAACAAUUAGAAUCAGAAUUGCAAAAUAUAAUCACUCUAA